AUGGCAGAAAUCUCCACCCCGUCGCGGAAGCGCAAAGAGAUGUCUGAUGAUCACAUCGAACCCGCGGUCAAACGUCUGAAACUUCAAGAGUCGAAUGGGAAUGCCGCGAACGGAACAACAGAGAGUCUCGAGCUACAACCACCGACGACGACGACCGAGGUAGCGGAGAUUGACGAGGAGGACGAGUUUGAUGCACCAGCACGAGUCAUAAGGCAGGAGGCUCCACCAGAAGGAUUUGAUGAUCUAUACCUCGAUACCAUCAAUCGCGGCGUGCUGGACUUUGAUUUUGAGAAAUUAUGCUCCGUAUCCCUUUCGAAUAUAAACGUCUACGCGUGCUUAGUAUGUGGGAAAUACUACCAAGGUCGCGGUCCAAAAUCUUACGCCUAUUUUCACGCUCUAGAAGAAGGUCAUCACGUAUACAUCAAUAUGCAAACGCAAAAGGUCUAUGUUCUGCCUGAAGGAUACGAGGUGAAGAAUAAGAGUCUGGACGAUAUUAAGUUCGUUUCCGAUCCACGAUAUACAAAGGAGCAAGUCAUAGCGAUGGAUCGAGAAGCCAAAACAGCUUGGACGCUUGGAGGAAAAGAAUAUACGCCGGGCUUCGUGGGGAUGAACAACAUCAAAGAAAACGACUAUUUCAAUGUGGUAGUUCAAGCACUUUCUCACGUUCCUCCACUACGAAAUUACUUCAUGCAAGAAGAGUUCUCCGCGAAACCCGAGCUGGUAAAGCGGUUAUCGAUAUUGAUCCGCAAGAUCUGGAACCCUCGAGCCUUUAAAUCACACGUCUCGCCGCACGAACUUCUGCAAGAGAUAUCCUUAAGAUCCAACAAGAAAUUCACACUCACAGCACAAUCCGAUCCUGUCGAGUUCCUGUCAUGGUUUUUAAACAAUCUGCAUCUCGCGCUCGGCGGAAGUAAGACGAAACCAGGGAGUAGCAUGAUCCAGCGUUGUUUCCAGGGGAAGCUCAAGGUGGAAUCGCAAGCUAUAACUGCAAAGGCGGACGCUGGAGAUCGGUUAAGAUUCGAAGAGGCAGCAGAAGUUAAGGCAGAUGUCAACCGAUUCAUGCUUCUGACGCUCGAUCUUCCUGCUGCUCCUUUAUUCCAGGACGAAUUGGAAGGAAAUAUCAUUCCUCAAGUCCCACUCACAUCCAUUCUGUCAAAAUACGACGGAUUGAAAGCGCAGGAGCACUUGAAUUACCGCAAACGAUAUCGCUUGCUACAUCCUCUACCACCUUUUUUACUCUUCCACGUCAAACGGUUCAGCACCAAUAAAUUCAUCUCUGAACGAAACCCAACUAUUGUCACAUUCGAUGCCAGAAAUCUAGACAUGUCACCAUAUGUCGAACCAAAUCCACAAUUCCACCAGAUGGGCGAACCGAUAUGGUAUGAUCUCGUAGCCAACAUCGUGCACGAAGCCGUUCGAGGUCGCGAAGAUAGCGUGGAAGGAGAAGCAGAGAAACGCACCUGGAAGUGUCAGGUACGUGGGGCCGGAGAAGAAUGGGUUCAGAUUCAAGAUUUGUUUGUGGAGAAGACACAAAAAGAGCUGUUAUAUCUAGGAGAAAGCUAUCUACAAGUCUGGGAACGGAGGAGACCUGGAAAGGGCAAAGGAAAGGCAGCGAAUGGAAGAUAA